GUGUCCGACGGUGAGUGCCGCCCAUAACCACCAGAGUGAGUGAUAGAUUUUGUUUACGUUCGGUUAUGCGAUCAAAAUAACAACAUCGGUUCGACAGUUCUAAAAAUAUCUUCGUCCACAUGGUCACGUAUAUUAUGUUCGAGCAGAAGCUGUAUCGGCAUUGAAUGGGAUAUAGGAAGCAACCAGCGGAGUUGCAGUAUCGUUUGGGGGUUCUUUUUCUUGGACAUAAUCGUUCUGGAACGUGUAGUGAAAUGACGACACCUGUGACAAUGUAGAAGCGUUCGUGAACUUGCGGCGAAUAUUUGUGGUUGGGGGUGUGGGUGUGUGACGGAACAGUGUCACGAGUUUUUGGGGGAAGAAAGAAGAACAGAAAGGGGAUACAAUGCAGUGCCAACACUGGGAACAGCGAAGAAGGUGAACGAAAUCAGCGAAACCCCAACGUUAUUAUCUCACAUAUCGACACCCAACAGCUUGGAUAGCAUCCUAAAGGGAGGGCAUAGUGCAAGAGUUGUGUCACUGAAGAGCGGACGAACAUAUUGGCAUAUCAGCCAAUAACCCUCCAACCGGGGGUGGUGUGUAGUUGUUCCCGUGUGUAGGACAUAACUACUAACCUAGAAAAGGAGAGAAAAACAGUGCACAGUAUAGUAGAAGAAUAGCGAAAGUUGUGAUAUAACACCUCUCGUGUGCGGGAGCGAGUGAAGUAAGCCCAAAGGAAAAUCCUGGAGUGGCCUUGGAAUUAGAUAACCGAAUUCGGCACCCAAAGCUUGCUCCCCAUUGCGGUGGGAGAGGACUGCCCCCAGAAAAAUGGAUCGUGAUAAGAAUGAUACGUCUUCCAAUACGGGCCUUGCCGGGGGAUUCGCGGGCUGUAUCACUCGUUUCAUCUGUCAGCCGUUGGACGUGCUGAAGAUUCGAUUCCAGCUGCAGGUCGAACCCCUCAGCGAGGACCACAUGACAUCUAAGUACCGUACCAUUGUCCAAUCCACCCGCCUAGUGUACAAGGAGGAAGGUCUGCGUGCGUUCUGGAAGGGCCACAACCCGGCUCAGGUGCUCUCGAUCAUCUACGGAGUGUCGCAGUUUUCCUCCUACGAGCACACGAACUUCUUCCUGAGACAAUUCGAACCGUUCGAGCGGCACCAGAAUGCGAGGAACUUCUUCUGCGGGGCGCUCAGUGGAACGGUGGCGACUGUGAUAACCCUUCCGUUGGAUGUGGUCCGAACACGACUGAUAUCCCAGGAUCCCAACCGGGGAUAUAAAAACUCCAUGCAAGGCUUGAAGAUGAUUUAUAGGCACGAGGGAAUUAGGGGAAUGUACCGAGGACUCAGUCCCAGCGUCCUGCAGAUAGCGCCCCUCACCGGGGGCCAGUUUAUGUUCUACAAUAUCUUCGGUAGCAUGUUUCGACAGUAUUUCAACAUUGCUUCAACGGAAACGCUGCCGGCGGUCGAGCUGUUCAUCUGCGGAGGGCUGGCCGGAAUUUGUACCAAGUUGCUAGUUUAUCCCCUGGAUCUGGCCAAGAAGCGCCUGCAGAUACAGGGAUUCGCCAAAAGCCGCCAAACAUUCGGUCGGCACUUUGUGUGCGACAACAUGUUCAACUGUAUGUACAACAUAGUCAAGCAGGAAGGAUUCUGGGGCCUAUACAAGGGUCUCUACCCGGCGUUGCUAAAAGCGUGCUUCAUGUCGGCCUUCUACUUUGCGAUCUACGACGAGAUGGUGUGGAUAUUGAAUCACUGAUAGAUACUCAACCGGCGCCGCUCGCCAACCAGGUACCUUAACGGCUUCGGUGACACUAUAUAUUAAUGCUGCUGUGCACAAUGAAAUUCCUAUUUUUUGUAUACAGAGAUUAGGUAGACACGAAAAGUGAGCGCACGCCGCGAACUUAAACUGCUUUCUGGAACGCAACCUACAGAGGAGCAAAGCUACACACCGCGCAAGGCUUCUAAAGCUAGCACCUGUACUAAAUUAGACACAAGCAACAAAAAACAAAUCGUCGGAAAUUACGACCGCACUGACGGAUGGCUUCGAUGUGGUCAAUUAUUAGCUGUUCGCGUUACUUUUACUGUAAUGUUACAAAAUGGUUAGGUAGUUAGGUAGCUAGUGUUUUUUUUUGUACGAAUGAAUUUCUGUCUGAGUUGCAGCAGCACCUGUUCGAGAAGACGAAGCAGAAAAGGAGGAGAAAAGUGUUGUGAAUAUCAUUUAGGAUCAAAGUCGCGUUUCGGACAUUGCGUUGUAGAGUUUAGAAAACACUGUAGGACUGGCCUUAGCCAGGUAGCUCAGCACCUUUUCUUAGAAAUCAGACACACGAAAAUGACACGAAUUUCUUCGGAUGUAUUAGCGGGAAAGCGGUCAAUUACCGAGUAUUUAUUCUCAGUUCAGCUAGGAUAGACGAAGCUAGGAAGCUAUUUUUCUUUUGCUAGGAUUUUCUCAAUUUUAUUUAUUUGUACUUAUACGACCUUUGCGGGGAGAGAGAUCUGACCAGUUGAAACGUACCGUUCUUCUAGGAGUUGACGCCGUUUAGAGUGAGUAGAGCUUAGUAGAAACUGGUACCGUUCUUUUUUGAUCGCUGACAUAAACAUAAAGAGAGCAAAACAUGUAUUAUUAAUCAACCAGACUUCCAUUACUGCGAUAAGUGAACGAAAUAGUCAUUAUAUACAAGAUUAAAGUAAAAGAAAAAAAAACGAAUGGUCUCUAUUCAGCUCAAAGUGUAUGUAUGUGUGUCUCGCGAAUGAAACCGACAAAUAUAGGUUUGAACCGAAUUAAGUCUCGAAACGGAACAAGACA